UUCCGGUAUAACUGAAUGGCGGGACCGCGGGUUUCGAGCAAGCCACCGUCGAACGAGAGCGGCUGUCAGUGAUGGACGACGCGGUGAGGAAGCGUCCCCCGCCGGUCAAAGUGAUGUCCGGACAGCUGCGGGCGGCGGAGAGCCGGGACGCGGUCGACAGCGGGGACGGCUGGGCUCUCCGGCUGGCCGGGGGUCGCUCUCUGCGGGUAUCACUGGUGUGGAUGCAGGGGACGGUACUGGAGGUCCAGCCGGAGAGGAACACCGUGACGCUGCUGGACGAGACGGGGACCUUUGCGGUGCUCGGCGUCAACAACAUCCCCAGAGGGAAGCCGUGUCUGGCCCAAGCCAUUUUUGCAGGCAAAUACGUCAUGGUGAUGGGCGUCGUCAUGGCCGUCUCCCCGGAGCCGGUGAUCCGUGCCGUGAAGAUGGCAGACCUCUCGGAGCUCGCCGGGCUCCACAGAAGGAUGUGGAAGCUGGAGGUGGAGGACCUGCAGCAGGUGCUGGCCUGAGAGCAGAACCUGCUUUGAAGUAAUUCUUGACAAUGUUGGGGGAUGGGGGAACGUGGAGUCUACUUGAUAUCUUCUGACUGCGCGAUGAUGCAAGAGUGACAAAGACUCCGACACGACCAAACGGACUUGGAGUGUUCAGUAUUUCUGCUGUGAAGUGUGAAGCUUUCCCUCUUGGCUCCUACUCAAAAGAUGUUUAUAUACACGUACUAAAUAAAGAUGGUUCCUACUUUUC